AUGGGGGAUGUUGCUCUGCGCAAGUUCUACCUCUACUCCACGAUACAGAGGCUAUACCUUGUAGCAAGGAGUAAAGAUCGCCAGGCAUGGAGGCUAGUGAAGUUCAAUCGAGAUCCGGUGGUGCCGACGGAGCUGGAGGCGGUGGAGGACCCCGUGACGUACACAGAGAAGGAGAUGGCUAUGCUGCUCACUCAGAUAAGCGCAGGCAACGCGGGCCAUGGGGGGAUCAAAUUUGAGGUCACGGCGGAUGCGGUGGUGGGCUGCUUUGCACUCUUGGAGGGCUGCUACCUCCUACUAGUCACGAAAAAACGAUUGCACGGAAGCGUGUGCGGUGAGAAGGUGUAUGGCAUUGCUCGCAGUCAGCUCAUCCCCAUUUCCCAGAACGCUGACAGCCAGCACAAACACCCAACUUCACCUGAGUGUGCAAGCCUUGACUCUGCUGCAGGGAUUGAGCUGUCCAAGGACUUUCUGUGGAGUUACACAUGGCCGCUGUGGCGGACAGUGCAGAGCAACAUGUCGGCAGAGGUGCCAGACUCUGCGUACGACAGCAUGUUUGUCUGGAAUGAGUUCCUGACACGGCAGCUGCGCUCGGCGUUGGGCAACGACCGGUGGCUGACGCCGCUGGUGCACGGCUUCUGGCAGCAGCGCUCGCUGGCCGUCCUGGGGCGUGCUCUCACCGUCACCCUCAUCGCCCGCCGCUCCCGCCACUUUGCCGGCACCCGGUAUCGGAAGAGGGGGGUGAAUGACGCGGGGCGGGUGGCAAAUGAGGUGGAGAUAGAGCAGGUGAUGCUCUCCUUGACUUCAUUGGAUGUCAUGUAUCUGGUGGCUUCGACUCAACUUGUAGGUGACGUGCAGAUUCGGGGCUCCAUUCCACUGUACUGGGUUCAGGACACCACCAGCAUGUCCCCCAUCAACCCCAAGCCCGCCAUCCAGCUGCAGCAGUAUGAUCCACACUACUCCGCCACCCGACUCCACUUCCAGGACCUGUCGGCGCGCUACGGGAAGCCCAUCAUAGUGCUGAACCUGGUGAAGAGCGCGGAGAAGCGGCCGAGGGAGUCCAUCCUGCAGGCAGAGCUGGCGCGCGCUGUGGCCUACAUCAACAAGGGGGUGCCUGCGGCAGACUGCGUGCGCUACAUCCCCUGGGACUUCAAGUACUAUGCGAAGCUGCGCGGGGGCCAGAUCCUGUCAGACAUUGUGCCGGUCAUGACGCGCGCGCUCGACGAGACCGGCUUCUUUCUCUGCGCGCCCGCCGCGCCCUCCUCCGAAGCCCGACGCACCAACGCCUCCGCCUGGCCUGCAUGCUUGCACUGCACCCAUGCACUGCACCCAUGUAAUUUUUAUGUACUUCUCUGCCUUUUGCAAGGCCUACUGUGCCUCAAUCUGCAUAUGCUGGUCGUCAACUCAUGUCCGCAUGCUGUUGUGUGCAGUCAGGCAGGGGAGCCGGAGGUGCAGAGGCAGGGCGGCAUCCUGCGCACCAACUGUAUCGACUGCCUGGACCGCACCAACGUGGCGCAGUUUGCUGCCGGCCUGUCCGGCCUGGGUAGGCAGCUGGUGGGGCUGGGCCUGGCGGCGCGGCCGGACCUUGACCCGCGCUCCUCUGCGGCCACCCAGCUCAUGGCCAUGUACGAGGCCAUGGGCAACACGCUUGCCCGCCAGCAGUACGGGGGCAGCGGUGCCCACGCGGCGGUGUUCAAGCACCAGCGGGGGGACUGGCAGGCGGCGACGCGCGUGCGCGACAAGCUGAUCAGCCUGCGCCGCGCCAUCAACAACGGCUGGUACGACGACGAGAAGCAGGGCGCCAUCAACCUCUUCCUGGGCCACUACCAGCCCUGCCUCGGCCAAUCCGAGCUCUGGAACCUCGACUCCGACCAUUACCUGCACUCUGGUGUGUUUGAAAUCAAAGGGGGAGAGAGAAAAUUGCCUGGUCUGGUGAAUCUGCUUGCGUUGAUCCCCGUAUUGGGCGUGCUCUAUGUUGUCAGAUUCACAUUAGGGCUCUGCAUGUUGCAUGGGCACCUGCUGAGUAUGCCAUCCUCCCACAAAUUGGCCACUGUUGCAUAG